AUGACUAGUGAAGUUGCAUUAUUUGGUAAAUGGUCAUACUCUGGCGUUACUUGUCCAGAUAUCUCCUUACAAGAUUACAUCUGCGUUAAAAAGAAUGUCUUCACUCCACAUUCAGCAGGUAGAUACAACAAAGUUAGAUUCAGAAAGGCCCAAUGCCCAAUUGUUGAACGUCUUGCCAACAGUAUGAUGAUGUUCGGUAGAAAUGCUGGUAAAAAAGUCAUGGCUGUCCGUAUCAUCGAACAAGCCUUCGAAAUCAUCUACCUCUUAACCGAUAAGAACCCACUCCAAGUUUUAGUCGAAGCUGUCAUGAACUCUGGUCCACGUGAAGAUUCAACUCGUAUUGGUUCAGCUGGUACUGUCAGACGUCAAGCUGUCGAUGUUUCCCCAAUGAGACGUGUCAACCACGCUGUUUACCUCUUAACCCAAGGUACUCGUGCUGCUGCUUUCAGAAACAUCAGAACUGUUGCUGAAUGUUUAGCUGAUGAAUUAAUCAAUGCCUCAAAAGGUUCACCAAAUUCCUACUCAAUCAAACAAAAGGAUGCUUUAGAACGUACCGCCAAAUCCCAUCGUUAA